CCCACAAGAGUCACUGCAGACGGAAGUGGGGAAUGUCUGCAUGACAUGCUCACAAACUUCCCUGGCUCCACACUCUCUCGCUCAGUUUCUGCCUAGCGCUCUCCCUCCCAGCUGCUCCUGGAUUAUCCCAGUUGCUCUCAAUAUGGGGAACAUAACUUGUGUUCCCCAGGCACCUGGGAGAUUCAGACACUCGUUCAGACGCUCGUUCAGCAGGAAACCUUCGCUAAAGAAAGAACAAGAGAGCAAGAAAAAACUGAGCAGCUUCUUUGGCAUUGAAUCAGGACAGGAGAGAGAGAUCACCACAGACAAAAUACUGCAGUAUAUUCCAGGCAAGAACAUCACGGCCCAGGACAAUCAAAAGGAAAACUUGGACCAACGAUUUCCCAGCCUGUUCAAGAAAGGGCGGAGGAAGACGGUCGUGAGGAACCUGGGACAGAUCAUUUAUUACUCCAAGGUCAAAUUCAAAUUCCAGCACUGCCAGGAGGUGAACGAUUGCUACUUGGAGCUGUUCCAGUCCUACCUGUACUUUCAGUCCGUCGGCUCCAAUGGACUGACUUAUCAGGGGCUGCUGCCACUAAAAGAGCUGAGUGUGCUUGAAAUUGGAAACGCAAAGAGCGCAGGGCAGGAGGAACAUGCCUUCCAGAUUACAGGGCCUCUUCUGAACCCCAUUGUGGUGUACUGCUCCAGUGAGUCGGAGAUGAAGCACUGGCUUUAUCACCUGGAGAAACAGAUCCACCUCAAUGGAGGAAGCCUCCAGCUGCCCUUUCAGUCCCAGAACAACUGUAAAGACGGCCCCUUGGGGAAGGAGGAGCUGCGGUGGUCCGUGCAGAACAUGCCCGUGCAGGAGUGGAGGGGGACCGAACGCGAAUCCCUGGGUGACGUUCUCUGUGUCUCCAAAGUGAGGUUGCAGCAUCUGCCUUUCCAGGAGCAGCACGACAGGCUACUGAUCCUGUACCCUUCCACACUGGUGAUUGUAUCGGAAGAGCGCAACGGCCUCUACUUUAAGGGAGAGCUGCCUCUGAAUGCAAUACAAGUUAAGUUCGAGGAGAACCAGAAAACCUCAUUCCUCAUAGAAGGCCGGUUAAUAAAUUCCAUCCGGGUCAUCUGCCCCAGCUACGAAGAUUACCAGGAGUGGCUCUACUGCCUGAAAACAGCCCAGUUUCGAAAUGCAGAAUCAUCGCUCUCGGGAUCAGAAAGCUUCUCAGGAUCAAAGCUCCCCCACCUCGGGCAGUUCCCAGGCAGUGGCAGGGGCUCACUCACCUCAGAUGGCCGGACAAACUCCUGGACGUCGGGAGGGAAAGUCACCACCUUAACCCACCUCUCCCAGAACAGCGGCUCCCUCCCUGAUGGAGGGCCCUUUACCAUGAUGCCUGAAACCAGAGUGAUUGAGGACUUCUUUUCCCCAGGCUAUUCCCAGCCUCUGCAUUGCCUGGCGAACCCCGGCUGGUCGAAGCAAGAGCUGAAGAGGGGCGGCAGCACCCGCAAGUCCAAGGGCAAAUGCGGCCCCUCCACACAGCAGCCCCCGCCAGGCAUGCAGGACGCAGAGAGGAAUGCAUGCCACCUCGCUGCUGAAAACCCCAAUGGCGAGCACCUGUGCCCUGUGUACAAUGACCCAUGCUCUUCACUGAGCUCUGAGCAGCGCCAGGCUCCCCCCCUGCGUCUGGACUUGAGCAGUCUCACUCGCUGGAGCCUGGCCGAGAGUCAGCACUCCAUGGCAUCCAGCUCCUCGGAGAAGAUGCCCCUGCCCAAGUCCCCACUGUAUGCAGACCCCUACACCCCCAACUCCCCCACGGCACUGAGUCCUGCAGGCUCCGGCUUCCUGGAAGAGUUCCUCAGGUGUCAUGGGCAGACCGGCUCAGAGCAGGUGAACGGCUGCCCGCCAGCCCCCGGUCUCCAUCACCCGCCACUCCAGCCUUUACGGAGCAGCCACUGGAGAGAAUCACCAGCAGCCCAGAGAUACAGCGUCCCCGGCCCCUCCUGCAGCCCACUGCUGGGGCGGCCUCCCGAUGUCGCCUUCUUCACAAACGAUCCCCCCCGGAGGGAAGAAUACCUGGGAUCUUCCCUGCAGCUCCCAGGCAAAAAUGCUGGCGUUUAUGACCUGCCUGGGAACAGGCACACGUGGCUGGACUCAGACUACCACGACUAUGCCGAACUCCAGAGCUUCCAGAGCGAGCUCAGUUAUGACAACCUCUGGGAGGCCGAGGUGAAGGACUUGGGUGUCCGGCAGGGCCUGCCACCGUCCAGCCCUCAGUACUAUCAUGUCUGAGAGCAGCACACCCCAGCCGUGCUCCUCACCCCUCCACAGCCUGUUCUUCCCUGAUCAGCUGGGACAAUUCUGGGGUGCAUAAAGGGGGAGGAAGGGCCCCUGCUAUGACUGUCCGUUUGUGCCGAGGCCUGCGGGCGCCAGGUUCUCUGAUCCCGAUGGAGGCCACGUUGAACUGUUCCACCACAUUUUAGUGUGAGGCCCACAAGCCUGUGGAAAAGACUCUGAAUCCCAAUGAGGAAUGAAGUCCCUGCCUGCUUGCCAACGCAUCUGCUGCAUGCAGGAUCCCUGGGGACAGGAAACCUGCUGUCCAAGCUACUGGAGAAUCAGGGCCAAGGGACAGCCAUUCUUCUAUGCAGCAGAAAAACAGCCAAGGUGCUAGCUGAGUUGCAUUGGAUCAAAAAACAAAUGUGCGCGUGGAAAGGUCAGUGACUCAAAGGCCAUAGAAGAGGUUGCUGGAGUGGUGAGUGUCUGUGCAGUAUUAGAGCUGUGGAGCGGGACCCUGAUUAUCUGCCUUUUCAUUGGAGUCUUGGUUGGUGAUUAGUAUUACAGGGCACCUUCAUACCUUGAGCCCAGCCAAUGAGCCGGAUCACCUGCCUGGCUGCACCACGGCCUGUGCAAAGGGACAUGGACGCGUGUGGUCUCCACACUCAGUGCUGCUGAUGGCUGCACUCCUCACACAGACUCAGGACAAGGGGGACAGCUAGCCAUUGAGGUGCAAAGAAUCCUUGAGCCCUGCUUGCACUCGCCAAGGCAUCUCCUCCUUGCUGGCUACUGCUCCAUCUUCCCUGUCAGCACUAGCUCGGAUGCCAGGGCAUCGAAGGGCAUCUAAGAAGGGCAUCUAAGCACCUGGCAGACAUUGAGAGCGGGACAAAGAGGAAAUCUGUUGCCUGAAGCAUGCUCGGGGAUGGCACCCCAGCCUUCCACCCCUCUGCCCAUGACCAAACUGCAUCCAACCCGUUCCUGUGAACAGGCAGGGGGAAAGAGGAAAUCCUCUUAAAGCAGAACUCAGCAGGACCCUUCUGGUGCUUAAACAUCUUCAGCAAAGUUCACAUGCUGAACUCCUUCUCCCUAGUCCUCCAGGGCCCUUGCGGGACGGUGCCAACAGGCAUCGCUCCAGAGGGGAUAUAGAGUCUGAUCACUCCCCAGCCUCUGCAGUGCAGACAGGCUCACCAGCAAACCAAAGGACUUUCCCUGAGGCCACACAGUCUAUUGUUUGCUCCCCAGCAGCCUGUAGCAUACUAAGGAACUCUUUUUUUUUUUCCUUUCACUGGUACCCAUGAAACAAGCUAGGAGAUUGUGGUACUUGAACUCUUUUACAAGGCAUCAAACAAAGUUUACACAUACGGUUUGAGUGGAAUAUUUGUAUUUAAUGUGUAAAUGGAGGAGAGUUUCCAAUCUAUUUAAUCUUGUAGCUCUGAACUGCAGCUCACAAGCCCAUGCAUCUGUGCCGGGUGAGAUGGGUGGCUCUUCUAAGCGGUUUUGUUUUAUUUCAGGUUCACUUUCAUAUUGGGAAGGUUUAUGUCUAAGAAUAACUUAGCCUGGAGAGGAUCUAUUUAUUCAGCACAGAUUUGCACUGGGGAAUGUCAGAGCACAUAGUUUUCUUAUGUGCAGCUGCACUCUGGUUUCAGCAAACGUAACACCUUGCAGAGACCAUUUUUCCAAUCUGGGUUGGGUUUUAUUUUUGGGGUUUUUUUUUUCCUUUUUGUACAGCAGAAAUUGCCAUGAGUUGAAAUAACUUCCUGUUGUCUUCUCUGGUUAUUUUCCACAAGGUUGUACCAUUCUAAUAAUAUGCCUUCCUUCAGAAA